CCUGAGGAUCCGUCUAAUCAUUUAUCUGCACUCUCAGUCAAUAAGAGAUUCGUCGUGCUGUGAAGCAGUUCUCCUCACUCUUGACGACAAUUGUCAUUUCUGAUGGCACUGAAUAUUGGCCAGAUCAUCAAGGGGAAAUACAAGACAUAUCGGCUUGUGGAUGUUUUGAAGGUUCCUACUGUCUUCAAGGCGCGGGUGCUACCCGAUCUAGGCGUCAAGUCGACAUCCGCGGUCGUAAAAACUGAAUUGGGUCCGGAGAAGAUUUGCUUGAAACGAGAGCGAGAUAACUACCGAAUACCUGCCAUUACAUCAUGCAAGUACAUCCGAGAGUUAUGCGAUGUUAUAAGCUCAGACAGCAAAGAACUAAGAGCAGAGAAAGCCGACUCGGCCAUUAACUCUUUAUGCUUGGUGUUUGAAUGGAUGGAUCAUGACUUAAGAACAGUGCCUUCCUUUGAGUUCCGGAGUAACUCUGAUCUUCCAAAGAUUAUAAGCAAAGCAGUACUUUCUGCCCUUGCUCUUCUUUCUCAGUUUAAUGCAGUUCAUACAGAUAUCAAUCCCAACAACAUUUUUCUUUCCAACAUUAGGGGCGCUUCUCCAAUAGUGAAGGUAGGAGAUUUAGGAAAUAUGUUGUCACAGGGUUACAACAAGAUCCGCCUUCAGAGCCUUCCUACUCGUGCACCAGAGGUUUGGCGAGGUUUAGGAUGCUUUCAUUCCUCUGACGUGUGGUCCUUUGGUAUUACUUUGGUACAUUGGCUGGCCCAGAGACCUAUUUUCGGCGCUAAAGAUAAGAUUGUCGAAAAUCUUACUGAGGCAUGGUGCAUUGCAAAGAUUCGACGUCUUGUUGGACCGUUUGGGCCCCCUGUUAAUAAGCCCGAUUACGAGGAAGAAUUCUUCAUUGCGGAAUAUUUAGAGUCGACGACGUUUAGCCAUCCGGACACAGGUGCGGAGACUCCUUUCAUAAAGGUAGGCUCUUUGCGCCAAGAGCUCGAGAGGCUGCCAGGGCCUGUGGUAUCGCCGGAGUUACUGGACUUUAUUGAAUACUUACUAGUGGUCGAUCAUACAAAAAGACCAACAGCUUCAGAGGCAUUGCAACACCCGUAUUUACGGUCUCUUGAUUGAAGUCUUCAGCUACUAUGGUAUUAUAAUGCACUGCAUUUCUCAUGAAGGAUAGUCAAAGAAAGAGUAUCAGAUAUAUCAUUGAGUAAAUAGAAUAGAUUAGUCGUUGUGGUAUUGAUAGCACAUAUAGCGAAG